UCAGGUGACCCUCCUCCCACUGGUCCCAUAAAAAGGACUGGGACUGGCUCCUAGACACCAGCUCAAGUCCUUGGACUACACAGCAGGACAGAAGGCAAGAUGGCACUAAGCACUCGGAUCCAGGCUGCCUGUCUCCUGCUUCUCCUCCUCGCCAGCCUGAGCAGCGGUGCCUAUCUCCGGCAACAGACGAGACAGACUACAGCUCUGCAGCCUUGGCAUGGGGCAGAAAGCAAGACUGACAACAGUGCGCUGCUGAUGCUGAAGCGAAGGAAGCGAGACACCAACUUCCCCAUAUGCCUCUUCUGCUGUAAAUGCUGUAAGAAUUCCGCCUGUGGUAUCUGUUGCAUAACAUAGAGAGCCAAGAGCCGUGUCCUGACCUCUCAACACCCUGCCUCCCCUCCACCCCAUUAUUUAUUCCUGUCCUACCCCAGCAAUAACCUUGAAAUAAAAAUGAUGAUUUUAUUUUCAAA